UUACAGAUCUAAUACAAUCGGCACAAAACUGCCCUUGAACCUCAGUCUAGUCCAAGGUACAACACAAGCUAAGCACAAAUAAUAGUCGAGCAGAGACAGAGUGCAGAGCGAGUCGAGACAGAGAGAGAGACAUCGAGCGUGAAACCUCUAUCUUCUUCCCCUUCUUCUUUGAAAUCAUUUAAAAUCAAAUUCGAAUUCAAACCCUAAAAUUCUUUAAAACCGGAAAUAAUCAUUUUUCAGAUCCGCUAGGUUAAUUGACAAAUUCACGGAUCGAAAUUGGUGUAAUUAACUUUGUGUGAUGGCUUGUAUUAAAGGCGUGAAUAGAUCGGCGUCGGUGGCGCUGGCGCCGGACGCGCCUUACAUGGCGGCGGGGACGAUGGCAGGAGCAGUUGAUUUGUCAUUUAGCUCCUCGGCUAAUCUCGAGAUAUUCAAGCUUGAUUUUCAAUCGGACGAUCGUGAUCUCCCCGUGGUUGGCGAGUCGCCUAGCUCGGAGCGGUUCAACCGGCUUGCUUGGGGUAAAAAUGGAUCCGGUUCGGAGGAGUUUUCGCUGGGGCUUGUGGCGGGUGGGCUCGUCGAUGGGAGUAUCGAUCUAUGGAACCCUCUCAAUCUGAUCCGUUCUUCUGGAACUGCUGGAAAUCCUCUUGUUGGACAUCUUUCAAGGCACAAAGGACCUGUUCGUGGUCUUGAAUUUAAUGCCAUUGCCCCAAACUUGCUUGCCUCUGGGGCUGAUGAUGGUGAAAUAUGCAUUUGGGAUCUAACAGCACCAACUGAACCUUCUCAUUUUCCACCCCUCAAGGGUAGUGGUUCUGCUGCCCAAGGAGAAAUUUCAUUUCUUUCUUGGAAUAGCAAGGUUCAACACAUAUUAGCAUCCACUUCCUAUAAUGGAACAACUGUGGUUUGGGACCUAAAGAAGCAAAAACCUGUAAUAAGUUUUGCUGAUUCGGUUCGAAGGCGGUGCUCUGUUCUACAGUGGAAUCCUGAUGUUGCUACUCAGCUAGUUGUCGCAUCUGACGAAGAUGGUUCACCUGCUCUAAGGCUUUGGGAUAUGAGGAAUGUGAUGUCGCCAGUUAAGGAGUUUGUGGGGCACACCAAAGGUGUAAUCGCAAUGUCCUGGUGUCCAAUUGACAGUUCCUAUUUGCUUACUUGUGCAAAGGAUAACCGUACUAUUUGCUGGGACACAGUUACUGGUGAGAUUGUCACUGAACUGCCAGCUGGAACCAACUGGAAUUUUGAUGUCCAUUGGUAUCCAAAGAUACCUGGAGUGAUUUCUGCAUCAUCAUUUGAUGGGAAAAUUGGACUUUAUAAUAUUGAGGGUUGCAGCAGAUAUGGUGUGGGCGAGAAUGAAUUUGGUGCAGCUCCACUGAGGGCACCAAAGUGGUAUAAACGUCCCAUUGGAGUAUCCUUUGGAUUUGGAGGAAAGCUUGUUUCAUUUCAUCCCAAGUCAUCUGGUGCUUCAGAGGUCUCUGUGCACAGCUUAGUUACAGAAGACAGUUUGGUGAGUCGUUCAUCUGAAUUUGAAGAAUCGAUACAGAAUGGAGAGAGGUCUUCGCUGAGGAUUUUAUGUGAGAAAAAAUCACAAGAGAGCAAGUCUGAGGAUGACCGUGAAACAUGGGAUUUCUUAAAAAUAAUGUUUGAAGAUGAUGCAAGGACAAAGUUGAUUACUCACUUUGGUUUUAGUUUACCUAAACAGGAAAAAGAUAUUGUGCCAGAUGAUCUUUCCCAGGAAGUAAGUGCUGUUACACUUGAGAAUUCACCAACAGAUAAAGUGGUUGACAAGGGGGAUAGAGGAGCCUCAAUCUUUGCUGCUGAUAAUGGGGAAGAUUUCUUUAAUAGUCUUCCAAGUCCCAAAGCUGACACACCUGUAUCAACUUCUGUCAAUACUUUUGCUGAGGAUUCUGUUCCUAAUGCACAAGAAAUGCAGGAAGAAACAGAUGGACUGGAGGAGAGUUCUAAUCCAUCAUUUGAUGAUAGUAUUCAACGUGCUUUGGUUGUGGGAGACUACAAGGGGGCAGUAGCACUGUGCAUAUCUACAAAUAAAAUGGCUGAUGCUUUAGUUAUUGCUCACAUUGGUGGUGCUGCCUUGUGGGAGAGCACACGUGAUCAAUAUCUCAAGAUGAGUCAUUCACCUUAUCUAAAGAUUGUGUCUGCAAUGGUGAAUAAUGAUCUUCUGAGCCUUGUGAACACCAGGCCUCUUAAAUUCUGGAAAGAAACACUUGCUCUUCUCUGUACGUUUGCUCAGAGAGAGGAAUGGACUAUGCUCUGUGAUGCACUUGCUUCGAAGCUAAUGGCAGCUGGUAAUACACUGGCAGCAACUCUGUGCUAUAUAUGUGCAAAUAACAUUGAUAAGACCGUGGAAAUUUGGUCAAGGAGCCUGGCGACUGAUCAUGGAGGGAAAUCCUAUGUUGAUCUUCUUCAGGACUUGAUGGAGAAGACUAUUGUUUUAGCUUUGGCUACUGGUCAGAAGAGAUUUAGUGCAUCACUGUGCAGGCUUGUUGAGAAAUAUGCUGAAAUUUUAGCUAGUCAAGGGCUUCUAACAACUGCAAUGGAGUACUUGAAACUUUUGGGAUCAGAGGAAUUGUCACCUGAGCUUACAGUCUUAAGAGACCGUAUUGCUCGUUCUAUUGAACCUGAGAAAGAAGCUGCUGCUGUGGCUUAUGAGAACUCUCAACUACAAAAUUCUGCUGUGGCUUAUGAGAACUCUCAACUACAAAAUAGAUUAUUGCAUGGUGUUAAUCAAUCCAAAUUCGGCAUGGUUGACUCCUCUCAUCAAUAUUAUCAGGAACCGGCACCUGCUCAAUUGCAUCAGUCAGUUCCCGGUAGUGUGUAUGGUGACAAUUAUCAACCACCAUUGGCUCCUUAUGGGAACGGAAGAGGAUUUGGAGCUUCUGCAGGGUAUCAGCCUGUACAACAACCUAACUUAUUUAUACCAUCUCCCGCAACUCAGCCAAAUUUUGCACCUCCUGCUACCACAGAGCCGUCUAUGAGACCCUUCAUUCCUUCAACUCCUCCUGUGCUGAGAAACGCAGAUCAAUAUCAGCAACCAACUUUGGGUUCUCAUUUGUAUCCAGGAACUUCUAACCAGGGUUAUAAUCCUGUACCUCCUGGGCCAGAUGCACACGGGCCAUCACAUUUGGGAUCUGUUCCCGGCCCUAAAAUGCCAAAGGUUGUAGCACCCACAACUGCACCAAUGGGAUUUAUGCCCAUGACUGGUUCAGGGGUUGUUCAAAGACCUGGGAUGGGAUCAAUGCAACCAACUAGUCCUCAGGCAGCACCUGUACAACCAGCUGUUGCACCUGCUGCACCACCACCAACAAUACAGACUGCUGAUACAUCAAAUGUGCCUGCUCAUCAAAAACCUGUUAUCGUGACAUUGACAAGACUUUAUCACGAGACAUCAGAAGCACUGGGAGGUGCCCGUGCUAAUCCAGCUAAAAAGCGUGAAAUAGAAGAUAAUUCAAAGAAGAUAGGUGCCUUGUUUGCCAAACUUAACAGCGGGGACAUCUCUAAAAAUGCUGCCGAUAAGCUUGUUCAGCUCUGCCAAGCUUUGGACAAGAAUGAUUUUGGUACAGCCCUACAAAUCCAGGUACUUCUCACCACAAGCGAAUGGGAUGAGUGCAAUUUCUGGCUAGCCACACUAAAACGAAUGAUCAAGACAAGGCAGAAUGUUCGACCAAAUUAAGAAGGGACAGAACUGAAUCCUCAAGGAAUUAGCCCCUGGUUUGCAUUUUCUUUUUCACAUAUUUGGUGAUCUGUACGGGGCUCUGCUCUUUCUUUUGGAUGUACACAAGAACUGCUCCCUCAGUUGGCAAGAUAUUGACUGGGUUUCACAUCAAAUUAUGGAUUUGGAAGGUCAGUAGUCAAGGUAGUUUUUUUAGUACAUCAAUGAACAUGGCCAUUGAUUUUGUUACUCAGUUGAUAUUUUUGUAGUAGUUUUGAGCAAAUAGAGUCUGUUUUCUUUAGUUUUAUAAUUUUUUUUUUUUUUUUUGCUCUUAAUAUUUUUAGGGCCUCAAUUCUACUAGUGUUUAGAUGGUCUGGAAUCUGAAUUUCUGUCACCUUGUUUGUUUAUUUCUGUGUGGCCAACAAUUUUACCACCCAUGUGAUUCUUCUAGCAACUCUCAAAGGUUUAAUAACAAUAUUGUUUACUUUUUCCUCUUUCA